AUGCAGGAGGCUAGCAAGCAGCAAGAAAUUGGUUUAGAAGAGAUGCCUUUAAGGUGUCGACUCCAAAUCAAAGCUCGAAAUAUUAGAGCGUUUUAUCACUGCUAUUGGCAGAUCGCCGCAUUGCUCAUCGUAGUGCUGAUAAACGACACUGCCGCGUCAUCGGACGCUUCAAACGAUUUCAUCACGGAUGGCACAACCACAUACUGCUGGGAAGUAGACACAUCUGUAUACUCUAACAAAGUUGAUGUCUCAACGGUGAAUAUGGUAAGCGCUCAAGGCGACGAAUGCCCACUUAAGCUUUCUAUCACUUUCCCCUCAGACAAUGUGUAUGUUCAUACAUCGGUGGACAUUUCAUGGAAUGCAACGGCGCGACUAGCUACGAGCGGUUCGAUUGAUACCAACUCCUUUGGUGUAACUGAAUUAGUAUCUGGUUUGGACCGCAUCUCCCAAAAUUACUACCAAAUUAUGUCUUCGCGUCUGCGAACGUGCACGACGGGGGAAGAUUGUAACCCGGUGACAACAAGAUCCCAGUUGACAGAGAACACAACCAACAUACCGCUUAAUUUCACAGAUGGGCUAGCUGAAUUUUACACUUCAGAAUUGUCAUUUGACCAACCAGGAGAUUACAUCCUGGCGGCUCAUUUAAUCUUGCCAAGCUCCACUCCAACAUUAAAGCGCUACGACUACGCCGUGUUUCUUAAUGUACAGAUCCUCUCGCAAGCAAGUGACUCAACUGACACUACCGCUACGCCAUUAGCAGAGGCGAAGGGAGACACGAAUAGCACAGGGUUAUCAACGGAAGUCAUAUGCGUAUUAAUCAUUAGUGGAAUUGUUGUCGUGGCUUUGGUAGUAAUCGGCGUUGCUAUGCUACGCUCAAAAACUGAUCGAGAACUGGACGUCAAUUCUAGCAAACGGAACAACUCUAAGAAAAAUCGUGGCAUGUUUGGCUUUUCAAGCACUGGAGUAAAAUCUGUCAGUGGUGUUGCCGUGGUGAGCGACGAAGAAGCGGAAGAAUUUGCCAUGCUCAGUAUGCACGAAGCUACUAUGUGUCAAAAGCGAGGAAGUACUUAUUUAAGCGCUUUAAAUCGUGGACGCCGUGACUCCACACCUCAAAAAAAAAGUGAAAGUCCUAUUCAAUUCGCUGGUCCACUGUGUAGUCAAAGCUUGGAUCGCAAAGAGGCUAUUUCUAGUGCUGACGAUUCAAAACCAGGAGAUAUCACACCACAGAGCGUGAGUAUUGAAACACCAGGUAAUAAUGGCCAGGGAAACUACGUUGGUAUAGAUAACACACCAAAAGCUCUUGUCCGCAAGCCUUCUCCGUAUGACCAAACGAGCGCUCCACCAGGUCAAAUUAUGUUUAACGACAUUACGGAAGACGAAGUGGAAACUUCAGAUCAAACAUCUGACGGUGUUGUUGGCGUGAAACGACAGCCCAACUUUGAAGACAGCACUAUGUCUGACGUGACAGACCUGAACCUUACGGCUGUGUCCGUACGCAUUAAACAGCAUCGCUACUCCGCGGAGCAGAUGGCAGCUGCACAUAUCAAGCAAGAUGUACUGACAGCAGAUGAUCUGCGCGACUCAGAGACAAAGGGACCCAUGGCGUUAAGCGAUUUGCUCUCCUCGCAAGUGCGACCACAUAGUGAAAAGGAGUGGCUAGCUAAGAAACUCAGUAAACAUCAAAAGUCAACAAGCUUAUUUGUCAGCAUGCGUAUUCAUACGUGUUAUUUUUGCUCCAGUCCCGUAUACCCUGGCCACGGCAUCACAUUUGUGCGUAAUGACAGCAAGAUCUUUCGCUUCUGUCGCUCUAAAUGCCACAAGAAUUUCAAUCGCAAGCGUAACCCACGCAAGGUGAAAUGGACAAAAGCCUUUAGAAAGGCCGCAGGAAAGGAAAUGGCUCUGGACACGACAUUUGACUUUGACAAGCAGCGUAACCGUGCCGUCAAGUAUGAUCGCAAUCUCGUUAGCGCCACCAUUCACGCUAUUGAGCGUGUUACGCAGAUAAAGGAGAUGCGCGAGGCGGCUUUCUACAAAAACCGUAUGAAGGAUAGUAAGUCCAAAGCAAAGGUGCGCGAUCUCCGCGAGCUGGAGCAGAAUAUCACACUCAUUGAGCCGGCUGCGGCAGCGCUCAAGGAUCAAGCACAGCUUAAUAAGUUGACAUCUAACCAGAAAGACGCGGCAUACACAGAGAAGCCAUCUUCCAUGGUUUUAGAUCAGUAG